ACCUUUGAACCUUGUUUUAACCUCUCCCUCACGCUCGACCUCACACCCCAUCUUGACCUCGACCUCACACCCCCUCCUCGGAUCGCAGAUCCUAGAUCACGACACCAUGUUCGUGGUCAACCCCAUCGGGUCCCUAGGACUCAAAACCGGAAAGCCAGCCCUCGACAACUGGAAGCUGAAGGUGCCCACCGACAUCAUCGAGUCGGAGGUCCACAAACUCAAAGAAUUGAUCCACGAUGUGAUGAAGACAACUGUUCGGCAAGACAUUCGAGACAUCUUGCGCGAUGAAUUGAAGGACAUCGUUCGCAGCAGCCUGGAAGACAUGAUGCAGGAGAUGCAGGCCAUUGUCCAGGACACGCAGGCACAUGUCCAGAUGAUCGAGGCGAGCGCUCAGGACAUGCAGACCGACGCUCAGAUGACCAAGGAACACACCGAAAGCCUGCAGACCGACGCUCAGGAGCUCAAGGAGUAUGUUCAGGGUAUGCAGGCCAACCUCCAGGAGACGCAGGCAGAGGUGCAGAAGAUGAAGGCACAGACAGACAUUCAGAAGAUGCAGGCUCAGGACACGCAGGCACAUCUCCACAUGAUCGAGGCGAACGCUCAGAACAUGCAGAUUGAUAUUCAAAUGACCGAGGCACACACUCAAAACCUGCAGACCGACGCUCAGAAGCUCAAGGAAUAUGUGCAGGGUAUGCAGUCCAGCCUUCAGGAAACACAGGCAGAGGUGCAGAAGAUGAAGGCACAGGCGGAAAUUGAGAAGAUGAAGGCACAGGAACAGGUUCAGGACAUGCAGGCCGACAUGCAGAAGAUGCAGGUACAGACGGAUAUUCAGAUGAUGAAGGCACAGGAACAGGCUCAGGACAUGCAGGCGGACAUUCAGAAGAUGAGGGUACAGGCGGACCUUCAGGAGAUGAAGGCACAGAAACAGGCUCAGGAAAUGCAGGCAGAGGUCCAUAACACAAAGGCCAACGUCGAGGACAUGCAGACAGUCGUCUAUGCGUUGCAGGAAGUCGUCUUCGACAUACAGAUCAACAUUCAGGACAUGCAGGCCGACAUGCAGAAGAUGAAGGCACAGGCAGACCUUCAGAAGACGAAGGCACAGGAACAGGCUCAUGACAUGCAGGCCGACAUGCAGAGCAUGAAGACGAACGUCCAGGACAUGCAGACAGUUGUCGAUGAGUUGCAGGACGUCGUCUACGACAUAAACACAGACGCCCAGGACAUGCAGGCCGACAUUCAGGAGAUGAAGGCACAGGAACAGGCUCAGGAUAUUCAGGACACAAAGACCGACGUCCAGGACAUGCAGACAGUUGUCGAUAAGUUGCAGGAAGUCGUCCACGACAUGUACACAGACGUCCAGGACAUGCAGGCCGACAUUCAGCAGAUGAAGGCACAGGAACAGGCUCGGGAUAUUCCGGACACGAAGACCAACAUCCAGGACAUGCAAACCGAUGCUCCCGAUUUCAAGAUCAACAUGCAGAAGACGAGGGCACCGAAACAGACUAAGGAUAUGAAGGCGGAGAUUCAUGACACGAAGGUCAACGUCCAGGACAUGCAGACCGAUGCUCCCGAUUCGAAGACCAAUAUGCAGAAGGUGAAGGCGCCGGAACAGGCUCAGAACAUGCAGGCGGACAUUGAGCACAGGAAGGUCACGUUCCAGGACAUGAAGGCGAACAUUCAGGACACAGAUAACAACACCCAGAACAUACAGAAGAUGAAGGCACCGGAACACGCUCGGGACACGAAGGGGGAUAUUUACAGCACGGAGGUCAACGUCCAAGACAUGCAGAAAAUGAAGGCACCGGAACAUGCUCAACACAUGAAGGCGGAGAUUCAGGAUACGAAGGUCAACAUCCAGGACAUGCAGAAGAAGAAGGCGCCGGAAAAGGCUCAGAAUAUGCAGGCAGACAUUGAGCACAGGAAGGUCACGGUCCAGGACAUGAAGAUGGACAUUCAGGACACAAAGAGCAACGUCCAGAACAUGCAGAAGAUGAAGGCACCGGAACAAGCUCAGCACGUGCAGAAGAUGAAGGCCAAGGAACAAAACCAGGACAUGCAGACAGACUAUGAAUCAGAAGGUAGCUCGACCGUGAUACACGAUUGCGAAGCUGAGUGGACGGCAUACCUGUGGCGACAGGUGUCGCAAACCAAGAAGGACCAGAGGUCAGCCACUCCAUCAUCUACCGACGAAUGGAUGGAAAAGAUCAGGCAACUGGACGAGCUCAGUGAUAUAAGCUAUCUCCCCGAGUAUCGGGAGAAUUGGGAGGAGGGGGAAGAUGUGUGGUGGCGAAAAGCAUGUCAACGAGAAUGGAACCGUUUCAAUUAUAGGACGGAGCACCUAGAGCCGCCCGAGUGGCAGAGAGAUUUCGUGGACCGACGCUUGAAAUAG